AUGGAUGGUGCUUCCGAUGGUGGACGUGGCACCCCUGCAGGACGCUUAGAAACAACCCUUGCUGUUGACCAAGACAUGAUUUCUCUGUUUGGCUUCUAUCGGGAUCGAGUUCACUCUUUUCAGUUCAUCGUGGACGAUCUCGCCGAGAUCGAGAAGCUCAUAUGUUCUCUCCUGAAUCACGAAGUGCAAGUACAUCGGAUGGACAACCACAGCCUUUGUCUUCUCCAUGCUAUAAUGGCGGCUGGGGCUCAGUUCUCGGAUUUACCCAUUACUACACGACUAUCCAAGUCCAGUCAAAAUUUGCAAUCCGCUCUCAAGUAUUUAGGGUCCUUUGAUCUGUUAUGGAAUCCUUCCAAGAGACUAAUCCAAGCAUUGCUCAUUCUUGGUCAUGUUUUGCAAAAUAACAUGGAUCCUCGUGCAGCUUGGAUUCUAGGUGGCACCACGGUUCGAGUUGCGCUAUCAGUUGGUCUCCAUCAGCCUAUUAAACGCUGUGCUCUCCGUCUCUCGCCUGCAGAAGCGCAGCAGUUAAGACUCGCAAUUGUUUGGCAAGACGCACUUCUCUCAUUAGCGUUUGACAGACCCCCAGCAUCCCAUGAAAUGGACCUGGAUUCAGACCUCUCAGCUCUGGUAUCGCUAGAUCCAACUAGCCAGCGUCUUGACUACCGACAGGCUAUGAACUGGCUAUGCCACCUGAGCUUCAGACAUCUUCCAAGACUCCCUCAGACAGAACCAGUCAGGAACUAUAGCCGGCUCUUUCAUGACUUCGACCUUUACGAGUCUUCUCUAGCUCCUCACCUGCAGGAUCUGCAGCGAUCUAACUCGAUCCAAGAGCUACAAGAACACUAUAGCCUGAUCGUCCACCGCUACUUUCUUCUCUCUACCCUCUGCCGCCCUGUAUUAUCCUCACAGGACAAAGGAAGGUUCAGUGAAGAAGAAUGCUCUAUGAUAUUGAGCCGAUUUCAAGGUGCUUUGAAGCGAAGCGUCCGUGCUUUCAUCAAGCUACGCUCAAUCUCGAAUCUUGCAACCCGUUCAUGGGCCUUCGUUCACAAUGGUCUUGCAUCAGCUCUCUUGUUGAGUUUUACCCGGCAAGGGUCUAACGCUCAAGAUCAAGAUUCCCAGGAAAUACUAGCUGAGCUAGUAAAAACGCUGACUGAGCGCAGCGACGAUGUUGGGCAGUUCUCUGCGGCGCACAAGAAAGCUCUCAGGGCGAUUCAAGCUCUACAACGAUCUUCAGUGGAGGAGACCAGAUUCCAAACUAUUCUACCAGAGCACUUUGGUAACACUCAGGAACCAAGCAUGGUUAACUUGGAUGAUUGGCUUCGAGACUUUGACUUUGACGCAUUCUCUCCCCUUGAAUCAUACAAUUUCAUCAUGUCGGACCAGGUGCCACACGAUUUUAGUUUCUAG